ACAGCUUGUGUUGUGGAGUUUGGAGACAGCUCGAACGGUACUAAGGAAGUGGACUGGAUUGCUAUUCAGACCGCACCGUUGGGAUCGCAAAUAGGCGCCAAAGCGCUGAGCUCUUGGACAACUGGGACGGAAUGUGAGAAGAUCGAUUUCCAACAGCGUUUUUCAUCUCCUCCAACCAUUUUCGUGACUGUCACUCAUGGUGUUACCAACCGAACUCAGGAUGCCAUGGCCUUGUGGGUCGAGGACUUGAAAGCAGAAAGCUUUAAGAUUUGUUUGAGGGAAGCCAAGAUCUUCGAUGGUCCACACAAAAACCUAAAAAUAAAUUGGAUGGCUUUCCAUAACAUCAGCGUAGACAACUUUACCCUUAUCAAUAGUUUGGUAUUUGCCAAUACAAACUCACCAUCUCCGCAGCAUAAUUACGCCUUUUGUCAAACAGCAAACUUCACAGAAUCUUUCUAUGCUCCCCCUGUCGUGUUGGUUACUGCAAAGCGAAGCACAAAAAUUAACAAUUCUCUUCAAUCCGGAUCUCAGUGCAAUGCUGUUACCACCUGGGUCGAGUACACAUCUAAGACUGAAGCUCAGAUUUGUGUCAAAACGUUUAAUAGCGAUUCUAACAACAAGGACGUCAUCACCGUCGACUACAUGGUGACUGGGGACCUAGACCCUUGUAUUGGCGUCCUUUGCCAUUAUCACUGUUUGUGCAAAGCUUUCGGGCCUUAUGAUGCUAGGUGCGUCUCUUUGGAGAGUUGUCCAUCAUACCAAGAACCUGUCUGCUCAUCAAACGGUUCAACUUAUGACAAUGAAUGUCUGUUUCAACGGGAAAUGUGUAUUCUUCGACUUAACUACACUGUACAGCACCCUGGUAGCUGUGAAGGAUUUCCUUUUCAGAGAGGUCGUCAACACAUGCCACACAUUCCAUCCCUUGGAUAUUCCCAUUGUGAAGUCAUUCGCCUCAGGCCAUUUGUGUUUUAUCCUGACAAGGCCCUCGGAGUUCAGGUUACGGUUAAUCAUAUUGACACCAGUGACAAAUCCUAUGUACAUGAUGCCGCUGUGUCCUGGGUUGAAAAUGUCAACUACGAUAGAUUCACCGCAUGUGUGAUGGCGGCUGGCUACAACGAAAGACACGCAAAUGCCAAUGUGACCGUUGAUUGGAUGGUUUACCAAGGGGCACCAGUGGGUGGAGUUGCUGACGAAGUGCGGUUAUCACAAUGGUGGACUGGAACGACUUGUAAAUCUGUCAGUUUACCCUCGGGAAAAUUUUCUGUGAUGCCAUCAGUAUUUGUGACAGCUGCCCAUCAUCAUGCCGGACUGAAACGUGACGCUGCAAGUGUUUGGAUUGAAGAUCUCACGCAAUCUUCAUUCAAAGUCUGCUUAAGGGAACUUCAAAAUUAUGCGGGAUCUCACGAAGAUGUCUACGUUAAAUGGUUGGCAUUUUCAUCUCUUCACAAACCUCUCUUCUCUGAACACAGUUCAGUUUAUUUUUCUAAUUCACAGUCGCCACCUGCUGGUCACAACAGAGCUUACUGCAAGGAUGUCUCCUUUAAUCAGAAGUUUAACAACAUCCCGAAUGUGUUUGUCUCUGCAAAUCAUUCAACCAGUGGUGGUAAUCUACAACCGAUACAUAAUGGGAUAACUGCUUGGGUUGAGUACGUUAAUGAGACAGGAUUCAGAGUUUGUCUGAAAGAGUUGUACGAGGCAAAAUAUGACCCCCUUUCAGUGUCAUAUACUGUUUUGUCAGAUAUAUGCCAACCAGGUUGGGGUUACUUCGACGGGUACUGCUACUUCACAAGUCCCGCAUGCAUGCCAUGGCUUACUGCUGAGUCUAACUGCUCUGCGAUGGGUUCACAGUUGGUGACUAUACACAACCAAGAAGAAAAUGUGUACGUUCAGCAUCGACAUAACGGAGAGAGAUCCUGGAUUGGACUCAAUGAUCGGAGUGUGGAAGGAUCAUUUGUUUGGACAAAUAAAGAAAUUAGCAAAUUUAGAUUCUGGGCGCAUCAACAACCAAAUGACUGGAACAACGAGGACUGCGUACACACUCUUGGUGCAAAGCAUGGUUACGCUUGGAAUGAUGUGCCUUGCGAUAAUUGCUUCAAUUUUACUUGUUUUACAGACUUUGACGAGUGUAAGACCAACACCUACAGCUGUGACGAUAAUGCGGCUUGUAAAAAUACCGUGGGCUCUUACACUUGUACUUGUAAGUCUGGGUAUUCUGGAGAUGGAAAAACUUGCAAUGAUAUAGACGAGUGUUCGUCCAAUUCUUACAGCUGUGACGUCAACGCCGUUUGUAUCAAUAUCAUUGGGUCCUACUCAUGCAAAUGCAAGGCUGGGUACUCAGGAAAUGGGAAAACUUGCAGUGACGUCGACGAGUGUACCAAUGGUGCAAACAGCUGCCACAGUUUAGCUUCAUGCACUAACACCAUCGGAUCCUACACGUGUUCGUGUAACCAACCGUAUGCUGGAGACGGAAAGACUUGUAAACUGGCAUCAGAAUGUCAAAACUACCAAAGUCUGACGGAUGGCACCAGGCAGGUGACCUACAGGAGUAAUCAUUAUUAUUGUGACAAUGGACUCUCAGGCUGGUAUCGUUUUCAAGGAGGAGCAGGAACUAGAAUGGCCACUUCAUGUCCAAGUACUAACCAUUGUGGCACCUCUGCAACCGGUUGGUUAUCUGGUGGCCAUCCCUCAGUGGUUGAUGGUCAGGUCAGCAGAGGUGUCUGCUUUCACUGGAGUUCCGGGUGCUGUGAAUGGUCACAAUACAUCAAAGUGAGAAACUGUGGCGCUUUCUACGUUUACCAUAUAUCUGGAACACCUACUUGUGAUUUGCGUUACUGUAGCACUUCUUAAUAUCUAAGGUACUCAGAAAUCGAUAUCACAAAUGUCACAAAAAGAAUUAAGCUGAAACCAGCGAAUUAAAGAUAAAAUUUAUCCA